UCGUCGUCGUCAAGUGCGCGAAAUCGCAUCCGAACAUUGCGACGAAAUAGCGCGAGGGGCGAAUCCCGAUGCUGAGAAAGAGAGAGAGAGAGAGAGAGGAGGACGUUUCGUGAAAACUACGCUCGAAUAAAGAGAGAAAGAGAUAGAGAAGCGGGGCAAUGCGUCUCUGACGUCGCGGACGUCUCAUAUUUUCGGAUACUCUCCUUCGCGCCCUCCUCCCGAUUCAACCUAUCUCGCCACUCCAUCGCCUCCUCCCUCCUCCAUCGCCGGCAAGCUUCCUCGGAACGGCGGGCGGUUGCGCAAGCAGGUAUUCGGAAAUAACCCGUGUGGGUCGCAGUUAUGAAUUGAUAGCAAACACAUGGUGGACAAGCCGCGUGUUCCGCCCGUCCAGCCAGUGCGUCUCUCACCGAGAUCUCUCCUCGACUUCCUCGUAACGUGACCGCACCGCGAGAGGCCUUCUGGCCUUAUCAUUGACAAGUUGGGACUGUCGGCGUGACUUUUCGCGCGUUUUCGAUCUUCCAAACGCGUAAACCAUCAAACUCGCGACUCUUCGAUGGCACGGAACGAAACGAUCGUCCGUCAUUUCGUCGAACGACGCGGCGUCAUCUUUGCUUUAUCGAAAGUGCAUUUAUUUCAAUGUGAUUCAUUUCUAUCAGAGUGAUGUCUGUCGAUUUGUCGAGGAUCUAUUCUCCCGCGAGAGGACAGAUCCGCAUUAUGGGAUAAACAGAGUAAAGGUUUUCCAAUUUGGCUGAAAGCUGAAUCGACGAUGAACCUGACGGCUUGCGACGGAUCGACAAUGUGAUUAUCGAUCGUGCGAGUUAAGUUCCGUGACCCAACGAACCAGAGACGUCUUCACCGUCGUCUUUGAUCGUGCAUCUUUUUUUUUACUUUGGAUGCGUUCGAUCUGCGGACUCACUCGUAUCCCGAGAGAAAGAAGAAGAGACGAAAAUCUCGGGGGCAGCGAAAUACGUGAGAAACCGGACGAAUGACACUGACAAUCCUGGACUACGUAUAUGUGCAGUGAUUACGCAAAAUCGGCACUCAUGUACGUUGAUUACGGCGGCGACGCUUAUGCCGGAAUGGGAAUCAAGGCAAUGAAGUCCUUUGGCAGGCCCAAAGAUAUGCCGGCGCAAGUGCUGCCGUUAACGCCUGGGACCAACAAGAAGAUGACCGAGGUUUUGGACACGAUCUUUGCGUCUUGGGAAAAGGAACGACUCCGCCUGAAUAUAACUGAAGACCCGAGGCAAUGGUCGGAAGCAGCUGUCGCCAACUGGUUGCAGUGGGCUGUAGGAGAAUUCUCCGUGCAGAGUGUGGCGAUGCAGCCAUGGCAGCACAUGACCGGGAAACAGAUUUGUGCCAUGGGGAAGGAGUCCUUUCUAGCACGUGCCACCUCUUUCAUAGGCGACAUCCUUUGGGAGCAUCUCGAGACCCUGCAGAAAAAUGUCGACGCAGCGAAGGCCUCUCUGGAGAACGUGCCGGCGAGCUUGUAUGAAAGCGUAUGCGUGCCAGAUUUAGGUGAUUUUGUGGGAUACCAGGGUGCCGGCCAUCAGGUGGCAACACCAGAACAUAAAAACCCGCCGACGCCCGCCAAUUCGGCCACCUCCAACUCCUCCGGUCCUCCUCAGAGCGGUACGCAACAACAACCCCCGAUACACUCUUCGGACGCGAUGUCCCUGCCAUCGAGACAAUAUCAUAACGAUGGUGGCUACAAUCAUCUUCGCAGUCCCGUGUGCCAAGACGAAAGUCAAAGAGACGAAACGUCGCCACCACCUCACAGCCAUAACACCCAACCGCCAACCUCCCAUUCUAGCACUCCUAACAGUAAUAAUAACAAUAACAACAAUAAUAAUGCCAACAGUGCAUACAUCCAUCUACGGAAUUUAAAUCAGCUCAAAACGGAAUCGAACUACAGUAAUCACCACAUAGCGGAGCACCUCCAGAGUGGUGGUGGUGGCCUGGGUAGCGGGAGUGAUCUCGGGGGUACAGGGAGCAACGAGAGCGACCUGAGAGUCGGCGCAAACGCUACAGACAGUUACAUGACGCCGGCACACUAUUCCGGAUACGACGAGGCCUCCGAAUAUCACAGCUUAUCGCAGGAUCAUCAGGCGCCGCAUCCUUACAAUUUGGAUAAUUCACCAGACUUUUACGGUGCCAGUGGGAUCCACAUCGAGCCCAAGUAUCAACCAUCACCAUUCAAAAACUAUCCUCGAGGAGGACGUUAUCACGAAGGUUACAGCGAGAGCGGCGGAUACGGCCAAUACGAUGCAACGCCGUUCCAAACAGUUCCCGGAAGCGGGAGCGGUGCUGGAGGCGGCAGCGUCGGCGGUGAACAAUGGGGUGUUGGACUUCCGGAUCAUUUGCCUCAUCAUCCCGCAUUUCUUGCGGGACUCGGACCACGGGACUCCUCCAAUCCUCAUCAUCCCACAUCUAUUACCAAUAAUGCGGACCAAAAACCAUUACUGCAAAGUCCUAUGCUCGCCAGUUACGCAGGCGGACCAUGUUUCACUGGAUCAGGUCCAAUUCAACUCUGGCAAUUUCUGCUGGAGCUGUUAACUGAUAAGUCGUGUCAGGGUUUCAUCUCGUGGACCGGCGACGGUUGGGAAUUCAAACUAACCGAUCCGGACGAAGUUGCGCGCCGUUGGGGUGUUCGCAAGAAUAAACCCAAGAUGAAUUACGAGAAGCUGAGCCGAGGUUUACGCUAUUAUUAUGACAAGAACAUUAUACACAAAACUGCUGGCAAACGAUACGUGUAUCGCUUUGUAUGUGACUUACAAAGUCUAUUAGGACUUAGUCCUGAGGAGUUACAUGCAAUGGUAGACUUGAAACCCGAGAAGAAGGAAGAAGACUGAGUUUUUGUUAAUGAGCAUGCUUUAGAGGACUGUGUCACACUUAUAAAAGAAAUGUAAUAAUACAAAUUCUCUCUCUCUAUCUCUCUCUUUCUCUCUUUCUUUGCAUUUAAGCAUGCAAGAACAAAGAAAAAUGGGAGGACAAAGUAUCUAUGCAAUGAUAUCACUAUGAAAUAACUAUAUUAAAUACAGAAGACUGUGAUAAGAGCGUCUUCUUUGUUUAGAUGUAACAAAAUCGAAUCGGUCGUGUGUACCAAAGACAGGGUCUGCAUACCAUUGGUGCCUAAAGUUGAAUAAAUCGCGAAUUUGUUUCUAAGUGAUUGAUUUGUCAAGCAAGUUUUAGAGAAUAUUUAUAGGAAUAAUUCGUCAAUUUAUACAUAUAUAUAUAUAAAUAUAUUUUUAAUGUUACAUGAUUUUUCAACGCUACUACAGCGUCAAGAUACUUGGUGAUGCCGCUAAAUUAUUUAUGUCUCAUCAUUUUAACAUGUGUGUUAUAUCUCGUUGAUAGAUGACUCGAUAUGUGAUUGUUAUUACCAUAAUUUUACAAUAAACACAUUAUACAAUAUACUACGUAGCGAGCUUCUCAAUUCGAUAUUUUCUCUCAUAUGCUUUUUUUUCUAUGUAUAGAUUAAUUUAGAUUAUAAUUCUUAACUACGUACUUUUCUUUCAAGAGCUCGCUUCUUCAAAAGAAAGAAGACAUAUAUAUUUUAUAUAUUAUUUCUUAAUUAUUAAAUGUAUAUUCUGGCAUGUACGCUCGCGGUAUAUUGAAUAUAUUUAAUAUUUUUAAUCGCGCAAUAAAAAAAAACUGUUAUACAUGUAAUCCGAGGCGGAAAAGCGUUGCUAAUGAAAGGAGUAUGCUGUUAAUUUAAUGUUAAUAUCUUUCCGUAAAAAUAAUGUUUAUUAAAUUUAGCUUUUGUUUGUUGAAGUACUCUCAUUGAAAAAUUGUACGCUUAUGAUUUUGAAGACAUUGCAGAUGAAUAUUUAUAAAAAGGAAAAAAAGAAGGGCCAUGUGCAACCAGUGUUCCAUGUACUUGCAAAUAUAAAGGAAGCUCUUAUUCACACGUUCCGCUUUUUUUUUU